GCUCCAGCAGGUCAUAAUUGGGAAGAGGGCAGCAGGCAGCACCACAACAGGCUCCAGCAGGUCGCAACUCAGGCAACAGGUAGCAGGCAACACCACAACAGGCUCCAGCAGGUCAGACCAGGCAGAGGGCAGCAGGCAGCACCACAACAGGCCCAGCAGGUCACAACCCAGGUGGCAGGCAGCACCACAACAGCUCCAGCAGGUCAUAAUCACAGGGGGCAGGCACCACAACAGGCCAACAGGCUCCAGCAGGUCAUAAUUCAGGCAACAGGGCAGGCAACACCACAACAGGCUCCAGCAGGUCAUAACUCAGGAGGCAGGCAGCACCACAACAGGCUCCAGCAGGUCAUAACUCAGGCAACAGGAGCAGGCAACACCCAACAGGCUCCAGCAGGUCAUAACUCACAGGGGCAGGGGCAGCACCACAACAGGCUCCAGCAGGUCAUACUCAGGCAACAGGCAGCAGGCAACACCCAACAGGCUCCAGCAGGUCAUAACUCAAGCAGGAGGCAGCAGGCAGCACCACAACAGGCUCCAGCAGGUCAUAACUCAGGCAGGCAGCAACACAGGCUCCAGCAGGUCAACUCACAGGAGGCAGUAGGGCAGCACCACAACAGGCUCCAGCAGGUCAUAACUCAGGCAACAGGUAGCAGGCAACACCACAACAGGCUCCAGCAGGUCAUAAUCCAGGCAGAGGGGCAGGCAGCACCACAACAGGUGCAGGUCACAACUCAGGCAGGGGCAGCAGGCAGCACCACAACAGGCUCCAGCAGGUCAUCACAGCAGCAGGCAGCACCACAACAGGCUCCAGCAGGAGGCAGCAGGCAGCGCCACAACAGGCUCCAGCAGGUCACCCAGGGGCAGGGAGCACCACAACAGGCUCCAGCAGGUCAUAACUCAAGCAGGGGGCAGCAGGCAGCACCACAACAGGCUCCAGCAGGUCACAACCAGGCAGCAGGCAGCACCACAACAGGCUCCAGCAGGUCACAACUCAGGCAGGGGCAGCAGGCAGCACCACAACGGGCUCCAGCAGGUCACAACUCAGGCAGGGGGCAGCAGGCAGCACCACAACAGGCUCCAGCAGGUCAUAACUCACGGCAGCAGGCAGCACCACAACAGGCUCCAGCAGGUCACAACUCAGGCAGCAGGCAGCACCACAACAGGCUCCAGCAGGUCACAACUCAGGCAGGGGCAGCAGGCAGCACCACAACAGGCUCCAGCAGGUCAUAA